UCACAUCCUUCCGCCCUUCACUUUGCGGCUUUCUCAACUUCUAUCAUCUAGACUGGUAUUUUACUAUACGCAGUACCGCUCGCCAAUAUGCAUUGCUAUUGUGCAAACUACUAUGGGGCAGUCCACUGCCAAAACAAAGUCACACACUUCGGACAGCGAUGUAGAUUAUGCACAGUCCUGAACGAGGGAACUCCCGCCAAGGACGACCCUUUCAAGAUCGCCUCUAGCUACUACAACGAAGAUAGCGACGCCAUGGACGACUCGAGCAGGGAGGAACGCAGGCGCGGACGGACGAUCAUGAGGGAACGUAGCAAGAGUUCCUCCAAGUGAACUAAAUUACCGUAAUACUCAGAUGUAUCACGAAGACAGCAUGUAUUAGCUUAUGGCUUGCUUGCUUGCUUGCUUGCUUAUACAUGGACUUAUAAGAGAGAUGAGGGGAAAAGGACCCUGCAUUCACUUAAGACGGAAGAGUGCGGACGGGAUAGUCCUCAGCUCAACAUUUCAUUAAUGGACUGA